AUCUUCAGUUAUAUUUUAGAAUUUUUAAGUCAAUAUGUUGGCUGCUUAUCGCUGUUUUUGAAUAAAAUGGGAAGAAGAAAAAAAACAAGUUACGAGCGAGAGAAAAAGAAAAGGAAAAAAAAAAGAAAAGAAAAAAGAAAACGAAAAAAACGAAAAAAAAAAAACAAAGAAGGAAAAACUGAGAGAAAAGAGAGGUUUUUCCAUAAACUCCACACUCGCUUCUAGGGUUUUUAAUCGUUCAAUUUGUUUGUGCGAAUAAUGGGAUAGUGAAUCAUGAAGCCGACUUGCCACUGAUCUGCUCUUGAACUUCCUACUUCUCACCGUCUGCGAACCUUCCCGUGGAAGGACAGAUAAAUGGAAGAAAGGGAUGGUAAGAAGGAUGGAUGAGGCAUCCCUAGGGAAAUGAAAUGUUCUCUCAUUUUAUUUGGUUGAGCGAAAGGGAAGAGAAGGAGUUGACAUAUUUUGUUGUUUGGUAUGAGGAAAGAAAAUGAAAGGAAGAUUUUGGGGCUUCUGUUGAUGGGUGCUCCAAAGCAGAAGUGGACAUCAGAAGAAGAAGCUGCCCUCAAAGCUGGAGUGGCUAAGUAUGGGGCAGGCAAAUGGAGCACAAUACUUAAAGACCCGGAAUUUAGUGCCAUAUUGCAUUUGCGUUCAAAUGUGGACCUUAAGGAUAAAUGGAGAAAUAUGAAUGUAGCGGCAAGUGGAUGGGGGUCCCGGCAUAAGGCUAGGCAUGCAUUUAAGAACAAUCAGCAGACUUCCAAGCAUGAUGAUGACCCUAUGGCUCUUAGCACUGUAAUUCAGAGUGAUUUAGAAAUUGUUGAUGCUAAGCCUCUUGCAAUCUGUAGUGAGACAUUACAAAUUGCUGGUUCUAAGAAACCAAUCUCAAGUUUGGACAAUCUUAUAUUGGAGGCCAUUACCGAUUUGAAGGACCGUCUUGGUUCUAACCGGACUGCAAUUGCCAUGUACAUAGAGGAGCAAUACUUGGCACCUCCAAACCUGGAAAGGCUAUUGACGACAAACCUAAAGAUUCUGACAGAAAAUGGCAAAUUGACAAAGGUAAAGCAUCGGUACAGGAUGGCACCAACUUCAACAUCUUCUGUUGUAGUAAGAGACUCUUCCCUGUUGAUCCUAGAGGGAAAGCAGAAGAAUUCUCCAGAAGUAAAGAAGAAUGACAUCAAAAUUCUUACUAAAUCCCAGAUUGAUGCAGAGCUAGAAAAGAUGAGGAGCAUGACUGCACGAGAGGCUGCAGCUGCUGCUGCCCGAGCAGUUGCAGAGGCAGAAGCUGCCAUUGCGGAGGCUGCAGAGGCAGCAAGGGAGGCAGAGGCGGCAGAAGCUGAUGCAGAAGCAGCACAGGCUUUAGCUGAAGCAGCAAUGAAAGCAUUGAAAUGCAGAGCUCUUCGUGCCUGAUGGCAAAAACUUUUGAAUGGAUAUCCAUGUAUAGGACUUCGAUAAACUCCAGGGUGCAGCAGUCUUCUACGGACAUAUCUAUCACUGUAGAUAUGGAUAGGUUUGUAAAUCUUGAAAAAUACAUAAUUGAGUUUUACCAGUUUUGAGGUUUAUAUCGAAGUAAAGAGAAGAGGAUAGCUGAAGAAACGUAAAUAGAAACUUUCAGAAGCUUGGGUGUAUACUUCACCUUCCAUUUUGACUUCUUAUUUGAUCCAAGAAAGACUGAGAAAUUACUGCAUUUUCUUCUGGGACUGUGUUUCAUUCAAUUACAGGCAAUACAGAUGUUUAUUCAAAAUGCUCUUUUAUUGUUUUCCAAUAAAUUGCAGGAGUUGAACCUGUUACUCUA